AUGGGAAAGAACCAUCAUUGUCAACGAUUGGAUAAAAUGCGGAAGAAGACUAAAAACGCUGCCGCCGCUGUCGUUUCAACUGAUUCAGUUGCCAGCGACACAACUUCUGCUGUCUCAGUAGACAAUCUCAUUGGCUGCCCAGUUCCCGAACCAAUUACUUGUUGUCAACGUAAGCUUUGAGCGAAAAACACAAAUAAAUGAUGACAAAUCUCUUUUUUCAGCGAAAGUAGACAUUGAUCCGAUGACCGCUGUGAAAAUGGAAUGCUCGAAUGAAAAUUGCACUUUCAACGAACAACAAAUCUAUUUGCAUGCGGAGUGUUAUGGCUUAUUCGAAGACCAUUUGGUAAAACGAUUAAGCACUUCGGGAAGUGCUCGCGGCUGGACUGAUUCGCAACGACGAAACAAUCUUUGGGAGAAGAAGGGCCAGGCAUUGAUUGGCAAACUUCGACGCUGUCGUUGCGGACCAGGACUUCUCUCAAUCGACAAGCAAGCGUUGUAUGAAAAGGAGAAAAACGAGAAGAAAAAGAAGGAGAAGAAUAAGAAGCAAAAGAAAGAGAAUGUUGGAAACAAGCAAGUUGAUGAGAAUCAUCGACGAAAUCAUCGCGAACGCGCCAUUUCUGUUAGCUCUGAAUCGUCUUUCAUGACGAAUACAACAACAACUGGCAACAAUUCUUCACUCAAUUUCCGAAAAGAUUCGGAGAUCUCCGAUAUUUCCGAUGCCGCAAUGGUUUGUUCAACAAUUUCCAGAUUUCUCUUUACAAUACCCUUUUUACAGCAAGUUCUUCUUGUCCCGGCGCCUCUUCCACCAGUUCAAACUCGAAGCUAUGCAUCAACCAUAAAAAGCGAGACUGAUGUCAGUUGUGCCACCGCAAAACAAACCAUUGUUCACAACGAAUCGAAUUUGUCAUCAUCGGAUGACUCUUUGAAUAGUACUCACAACGAUAGUGGUUUCGGCGAGAAAACACCACCAGCACCACCACCAUCGCUUCUUCAUUUGCACUUCAACUCGACGCCAAAUUCGUUCGUCUUCAAUUCGCCAGAUAUGAAUGCGAAGAUUAAUAACAACAAUCAUAGUAAUAAUAAUAAUGCAUGUGCUCGUCAACAACCACUCACUUCAACACCGCGAUUGAUUAAUCGAUCGUUGAAUCUAUUUAUCAAGGAACAACAAAUGAAAGAGAAUGAAAAGAAAAACUUGCAGAAAGUUGAGCCAAUGCGUGAGUUUCUUAUCGGAUCUUCUUCCACCGUCACAUAAAAAAUCUGGCAAUAAUCCAGAUUUUCAUUGGAGUUUUCUAUUUCCAUUUUUCAGCCAAACUCCAAUACGGUUGGACUCCAUUCUUUGGCCAAGAUUUCAACUUCGGCGAACGACUUAUGUAUUUUCCAUGA